UUCAGAACUCAGAAAUGGCGGGAAUGUAGCAGGGGAAACCCUAGAUUGCUUCCGUUCUUCUCUCCGUCUAGAGAUUCAUCUUCCAACCUUUGAAUCGAAUUGAAACCAGAAAAAAUGGAUGACCCAUUUGCCGAAAUCAAGCACGACUGUGAGUAUUCAUCUUCUCAAGAAGAACGCCUUCGCCACGGUAGGUUUUGCGGUGAAUCGGUAGCUGAUCCUGAAGUUCCUUCCAGUGACAAUUCAACCCAAAUAGAAGGAAUCCCGGUGGAUUCCACCGGAAUCAUGAUGUGCUCUCCACCGGAAACACCAAAAAGUCAAUCGGACGAGUUUCUAACGCCGCCGGAAGAAAAUCUUCUGAUGAGCUCAGAGGAACAGACGAUGAAUCUUGCGGUCAGAGGAGCUGAGGAUCAUCACAAAAAGCUUAAAGCCAAAGGUGAUGUUUCUACUGACCAUGUUGGAACCGUUGAUUUGGGUAAAAAUAGUAAUCCUCGGUUUUCACUGGAAAAAUCUCCAACAGAGAAGGGUAAGGAGGUUUUACGAUUGUCAGGGGAGUCUUCAUCUGAAAGGCAGGGAAUUACAGGGGUAAUUUUGGGUGGGGCUGUAGCUCCUGCUUGUGGAGCUCGUGUAGACAAUGUUGCAGGAAGAUCCGAUGACUCUGCUGCUUUGGGGGGAAAUUUAGGGCUUUUGAAGCAAAAAUUUGAGACUGCUAGUCUGCAAUCUAGAGGAGUUGGUGGUGAUAUUCCUGUUAACAAGGAAUCUGCUGGUAAAGGGUUUAAGGAGAAUGCAACUAAGACGGUUGCACCAUUGAAAGCAACUGGUAAGGACCCAGAGUUUGGUGUACACAAGGAAAAAGAAGUACGAAGCAAUGGCGAGGGUGGUUCAAGUAAGAAGAUCUCCCAGGGCCGGUCAAAUGCAUCCAAGGAUGUGAAGGGACGGCGUGAACUGCCUGCUUCGAUUCGUGGGCUAAUGCAGAAUGCAGCUAAGCGUUUGCUUCCUGACAGCGCUCCUUCAGAAAAUCAAUCUUUCGAGUCUCUUAUGGAUACACUGGUUACACUUUCUGGAGAAAAGAAUGCAACCAGUGAUCCGGGAAACAUUGACAUUUUGGAAACGGUUGAACGGCGGGGCAUGAUAUUCCCUCGGCCUCGAUGGCGGCAAAAGUAACGGUUUGAAAGACAAACGAGAAAGAAUUUUAUAUGAAAUG